UUAACAACCAGUUGCAAUAUCCCCAACAUGGACUUUUACUACAUGCCAGGUGGUGGAGGAUGCCGCACGGUCAUCAUGGUGGCCAAGGCUCUCGGCCUGGAGCUGAACAAGAAGCUACUGAACACCAUGGAGGGUGAACAAUUGAAGCCGGAGUUUGUUAAGCUCAAUCCACAGCACACCAUUCCCACGCUGGUGGACAACGGAUUCUCCAUCUGGGAGUCCCGGGCCAUCGCCGUCUAUCUGGUGGAGAAGUACGGCAAGGAUGACUAUCUGUUGCCCAACGAUCCCAAGAAGCGUGCCGUGAUCAACCAGCGUCUGUACUUCGACAUGGGAACUCUGUACGAAAGCUUUGCCAAAUACUACUAUCCCCUUUUCCGCACUGGAAAGCCCGGAUCGGAUGAGGACUUGAAGAGAAUCGAAACCGCGUUUGGAUUUCUCGACACCUUCCUGGAGGGCCAGGAGUAUGUGGCUGGCGACCAGCUCACCGUGGCGGACAUUGCCAUCCUGUCCACUGUCUCCACGUUCGAAGUUAGUGAGUUCGACUUCAGCAAGUACUCCAAUGUCUCCAGGUGGUACGACAAUGCCAAGAAGGUGACUCCAGGAUGGGAUGAGAACUGGGAGGGCCUCAUGGCGAUGAAGGCGUUGUUCGAUGCCCGUAAAUUGGCGGCUAAGUGAUCGGUAUCACAACUAUUUAUUGUUUAUUUAUGAAACUGUUGAAUUAAACGAAAUAAAUU